UGAGGCCACGCUGGUGCACAUGCGCACACGUUCCGACUAGUUCCCUGUGGGAGGUGGGGCCUGCGAGGUGGAGCUGAGCUGAGCUGCCCGAGCGAUGAGAUCAUUCCUGGAGGCGAGGCGCGUGUGGCCCCGCCCUUCGACAUUCGUUCUCCAACGAGAUGAGCGCUAGAUCCCCGCUGUCUACGUUUCAGCGUUAACGGUUGCGGCGCGGACACUGGUUCCGGCGCACGCGCACACGCUCCUGGGGCGGUGGUGGGAGGCUACGGGCGCACGGGAACGGGCGGGCGCGGCGAUGGGUGAGGCGGACGCGGGGACUCCCUCUUUCGAGAUGACCUGGAGUAGCACGACAAGCAGUGGCUACUGCAGCCAGGAGGACUCGGACUCAGAGCUCGAGCAGUACUUCACAGCGCGUACCUCGCUGGCGCGCAGGCCGCGCCGGGAUCAGGAUGAGCCCGUGGAGUGGGAGACACCUGACCUUUCUCAGGCUGAGACUGAGCAGAAGAUCAAGGAGUACAAUGGCCAGAUCAACAGCAACUUGUUCAUGAGCCUGAACAAGGAUGGCUCCUACACAGGCUUCAUCAAGGUUCAACUGAAGCUGGUGCGCCCUGUCUCAGUUCCCGCCAGCAAGAAGCCACCCUCCUUGCAGGAUGCCCGGCGGGGCCCAGGGCGGGGUACAGCUGUGAAACGCCGCACCUCCUUCUACCUGCCCAAGGAUGCUGUCAAGCACUUGCAUGUGUUGUCACGCACACGGGCACGCGAGGUCAUCGAGGCCCUGCUGCGCAAGUUCUUGGUGGUGGAUGACCCCCGCAAGUUUGCACUUUUUGAGCGGGCUGAGCGCCAUGGCCAAGUGUACCUCCGGAAGCUGUCAGAUGAUGAGCAGCCCCUACGGCUACGGCUCCUUGCAGGGCCCAGUGAGAAGGCCCUAAGCUUUGUCCUGAAGGAGAAUGACUCUGGGGAGGUGAACUGGGAUGCUUUCAGCAUGCCUGAGCUACACAACUUCCUACGCAUCCUGCAGCGGGAGGAAGAGGAACACCUCCGCCAGAUCCUGCAGAAGUACUCGUAUUGCCGCCAGAAGAUCCAGGAAGCCCUGCAUGCCUGCCCCCUGGGGUGACCUCUCGUACCCCUGGGUGGAAGGAGGAGAGUAGGCAGCGCCAAGGGCGUGCCGUGUGAGUGUGCAAAGGGCCACGUGGCCCGAGGAAUGAGUGUGCAUGGAGGCCCUCUCUUGCUGGGGGAAUGAGCCCAGAGAACAGCGAAGGAGCUGGCUCCCUGUGUCCACCAGUGGGUGUAGCACAGCAUGGCUCUGCAUCCUUCUGCCCUUUGUGUACUGGGUCAUGGUGGGCCAGGGUUGCCCUGGGAAGCUGCUCCAGGCUUGCAGCAGGGGUAGAGGAGACAGAAGUCUCCUUAAUUUGUGUCUCAGAUAUGAGAAUCUUGGAGACCCUACAAACAGAAUAGGGUCAUGUUUGCAGGGAUGAGGGCCCUCACCUACGGUGAAAGGUUGUGUGUUUCGGGUCUUGGAUGGGGUCUCAGGACAGCCCUAUCAGAACCAAGGGUGGGUGUUCAAGAUAAGACAGGCAUCAAGAAAGGGUCUAGGGUUCCCUCUACAGCACCCUCUGACUCCUCACACACCCUGGGGUCAGGGAGUGCUGGCUCAUGGUGCAACAACAGUGCCUCUGCCUCCUCCAAGGAGGAUGUCCCUGUGCCAGGGUCUGUGUGAGUGUGGGCACUGGCCCAGGUCUGUGCCUUGUUUGCCAGUCAAAGCCAGGGUCUUUCCCUUGGGUAUUUUUGAUGAUGUGUGCGAAUGUAUGUAAUAUUUUGUGGCCUCAGUUGAAUGCCUCCUGUGGGGGAAGGGGUGGGGGUGACAGUCAUCAGGGCCUGGGGUCUGAGAGAA